AGGUAAAGUUUACGAAUUUUUUAUUUUGGUUUUGUCAAAACGCUGUUCUCCUUUCUCCCUUUCUGUGGUUGAUUUUGGGUUUUUUGGAGGGAAAUUAGGGUUGAGAGUGAAAAUGUAUUGAGUGUGCUCGAAUUGUUAAGGAUCCUGACUUCGUCACUCCUCCCCCUGUAUGCAGAAAUUGAGAUGUCUUCAGACGAGGCGAGGAGUGUAGUGGGAAGUGAGGUAGUGCCGUUGGAGUAUGGUGGCAUGGAUUCGGAGACCAGUCCGUCUCCAACUAGCUCGGAGAGGACGGUGGGGGAUAGAAUGGAACAAACAGUAAUAGAAGAGGAGGAGGAUGAGAUCCCCUCAAACAUUUUGGAGGCCAGGAAUGGCGUAGAUGGGUGUUAUGACCCAGAUUUAGAGGUAGUGGCCGAGGUGAGGGGAUAUGUGAGUGAGCUGGGUAGCAGGGAUAGUCUAAGGGCCCUUGUGGGUAAUUGCAACCUUCCUCAUAAUGUCCUACUUAGACCUGCUGGGGUGAAUGAGAGGGCCUGCUUAGCACCCCACGAUCAUUGGAUGCCCAUAUACCUGCAUUAUUUGAUUGCAGGGCUUAGGGGGGAGAGAGGGUGGUACCACUUCAGUCCUCGGUCGUCCAGCAAAGGGAAUAAGAAUUUAUUCUCUCUUGGGCCGUCAUCCAUUAAAGGGUGGAAAGAAAAUUUCUUCUUUGUGGAUGACACCGAGUGGAGUAGGAGGGAUGCCGAAGUGGAACAGUUGUUUGCUUGGAAAGCGAAGAAAACCAAGCAGAACAACUAUAAAUUAAAUGAGGAUGAGGUGGAAGAGGUGGAGAAGCUGGUGAGGGAGGACGGAGACGUGGUGGACAUCCUACACCUCACCACAAAGGAAGAAGUCAAAGACUUCAACUGCGGCGGAGAAGGAGGUGACAUGGGGGGGCGACUGUCCAGCGUCUCUGCCCCGGCUGUGGAGGUGCAGCCAAGGCCUGAGCCUGCAAUGGGGGGUAGUGAAGAGGUGAGUGAGGAGAUGGCACCUCUCCAGAGGAAGAAGAGGAGGGUGGCAGAGCUGGGAACCGAGGUGGUGGAGUUCGUGUCCCAGCCUUCUCCAGAAAUUAAUCCUGAAGACGGGGGGAGAGGAGAGGUCGAAGUGCGAGGCUUUGAUGGGGGCAGGGAGCGCACCCCUCCGCACAUAUACCAGAAAAGUUUGUUUGAGGCGGAAAACAAGACUGGGGCGAAGCACUUCCUCAACGCUACCCUUCCUGAGGUGGAUAGGAUGCGGGCGAAGGACGAGGUGGUUAGCCACGCAGGGUAUACCAUUGUGAGGCAUGCCUUGGAGUGUCUGACUUCUGAUUGCAUUGUAGAGUGCGAGCUGGACAAACGCUCUAGCGCAAGAGUAUGCAGAGAGCGUUAGAGAUCGUGCCAGCUUGCAAAGGCAGUGCGACCAG